AUGCUUGUUUUCCCCCCCGGUGAGGACCAUAGAGAGAAAACACUGUUCGAGGACCGGCGCGGGGGCGUGACUGGAGCCCACACGUAUUUCUAUGCAGAUGAGGCUACAUGUGAGAAGCAUAUGGAGACCUUCAUCAAAUGUGUGAAGCUGACAAGUGGGAGUUCAAUGGACGGUUUUACUGCUAUUAAAAUGACUGCUCUAGGACGACCUCAGUUUCUGCUCCAGUUCUCAGAACUCAUGGCGAAAUGGCGACAAUUCUUCGCCUUCUUGGCAUCACAGCAGGGGGGCGAGGGCAUGCAGGCUUUAGAGCAGAGGCUGGAGCUGCAACAACUGCAGGAAAUCCUGACCAAACUGGGAGCAAAAGGUGACCUGCAUGGCUGGUUUGCUGGAAAGAAUGAGGAAACUUCAGGCUAAUUGGACAUUUUAACAUGGGGGUCUAUGGAAAGCAGCAGAACAAAAAUUCCAAAAAUGCACACACUCCUGUCUGUGCAGCUAGGUGAGCUGGAGCCUCUGCUACAGAAGUUCAACAACGAGGAGGAGAAACAAAUGGAGAGGAUGUUGCAGCGCAUGGACACCUUAGUCAAAUACUGUAUAGAGAAUGGGGUUCGCUUGAUGGUGGAUGCAGAGCAGACGUACCUGCAGCCGGCUAUCAGCAGACAGACAUUAGAGAUGCAGAGCAUCUACAACAAAGAGAAACCUGUCAUCUUCAACACCUACCAAUGUUAUCUGCAGGAGGCCUAUGACAACGUAACCAUGGACGUAGAAUUGUCUCGACGUGAGGGCUGGCAUUUUGCUGCCAAGCUGGUGCGCGGGGCUUAUACAAUGUAUCAGGAACGAGAGUGGGCUGGAAACCUCGAUUAUGAAGACCCCAUUAACCCUGAUUAUGAGUCUACCAAUAAUUUGUUUCAUUCAUGCCUCCAGACCCUCCUAGAGGAGAUUGCACUCAACAGAAAUGCCAACGUUAUGGUAGCUGCCCAUAAUGAGGACACGGUAAAACACACCUUGAGGAGAAUGAAUGAGCUGGGUCUCUCACCGACAGAGAACAAGGUGUACUUCGGUCAACUCCUGGGCAUGUGCGAUCAGAUCACGAGCCAGGCAGGCUUCCCCGUCUAUAAGUACGUCCCCUAUGGGCCGGUGAGCGAGGUGAUGCCCUACCUGUCUCGGAGAGCCCAGGAGAACCGGGGCUUCAUGAAGGGAGCCCAGAAGGAGCGGGAUCUGCUGUGGAAGGAGCUGAAACGAAGACUAGCCUCCGGGGAGCUUCUCUACAGACCGGCAUACAAACACAGAAGAACAGACAAUGAGUGUGUCAAUGUGUCCAGCACUUUUGUUUUCAUCUUCUCUAGUUGA